AUGAAUUAAUAGUUUACUAUAAAUUCAGUCAUUCAUGCUCCAGCUACUGGAUUUCCAAAUAGAUAAUUUAAGAUUAUCAGUGAGAUUGGUUUUGGAGGUCAAGGUACUAUUUACAAAGCAGAAGUAUUUUAAUGGAAAAAAGAAAUUCCAAAUUAUGUUGCAAUAAAGAAUUAGCAGAAAUACAAUGAUUAUGAAUAAUAGAUUAUUCAAAAGAUUGUUAAUUAUUAAGAGAAAUAUGAAAUUUAAAAUUCAAAUAAAUAACCCUCUUAAUUAGUAAAAAUUUAUGAUAUUUUUAAUUACAAUUCAUAAUAAGUUCUUGUGAUGGAAGUUGGAUAAGAUAAUCUUGACUAUUUUUUAAAGAAAUAGAAAUUAUCAUUUGACAAAUAAUUAGAAAUAAUGAUUUAGGUAUUUUAUUUUUAAUAAAUAAAUUAGUUGUCUCAAUCCAUUCUUUUUUUUCAUCAAGAGUUAAAAUCAAUUCAUAGAGAUAUUAAACCAGAAAACUUCAUUUUAAUUGGAGAGGAAUUCAAACUUAUUGAUUUUGGUACAGCUAGAUUUAAUACUAAUGAUGAAAAGACAAUCUAGAUGGGAACUAUUCAAUAUUAAUCACCAGAGUUAUUUCAAAAUUAAUCUAACUAUACUGAAGCAGUUGAUAUUUGGUCACUUGGUUGUGUAUUUUAUGAAAUUUUAUGUUAAAAUCAAUUAUUUUAUGGUAUUUAUUUUAAUUAAGGAAGGAAAAAAUUACAUGGUUGUUAAAUAACUUAUCCAGAACUGUAUAACCAAUUAAAAAGAUAUAAUAGAUAAAAUUAACUCACUUAAUUCAGAUGAGAGAAUGAAAAACAUUUUAAAGUAAAUGCUUUAUCCUAAUUCUUAAAUGAGAAUAAAAAUUGAUUAAGUUAUAAAGAUUCUGAAAGAGAUUCAAAGUCAUAAAAAUCCUUUAAUUUAAAAACCAAAUUUUAAUCCAAACUUUAAUUAAAAUAACUAUCAAAAUUAAUUUUUACAGAAUCUUCCUAUUCAAAAAUUUUAACCCAAUAAGGAAGAUUGUAAAUUUCCAUAAAUUUUAAAUAAUCCUUCACCAAAUAAUAUAAACCAAUUGAAUUUAUUAAUUGAAAAAUUCUAAGAUUAUAGUUCAUAACACUAAAUAUAAAUAUCCGUUAUUUAAGCAUAAUUAACAUAAAUUUACAAUUUAUAAACGAACAGUUAAAAAGAGUAAGAAUCAAAAUAAAAUAAUAUAUUUUAAGAAUUUAAAGAUUUAAAAAUUCAGAUCUAAACAAAUCUAAAUAAAGAAUUAGAAAAUUAAUUAAAAAAAAUACAUUAAGAUUUAAUUGUCAAAUAAACUGAAAAGGAUCAUCAUAUUAUUGAAUAAAAAAAUGAAUAAAUUAAAGAAUUAAUAAAAAAAGUAGAAGAUCUAAAUAAUUAAGUUUCAAUUCUUAAACAUAGUGAAAAGAACUUGCUUAAUUAAAUUGAAUAAAAAGAUGAGCAAUUUAAAUUGUAUAUUAUAGAUUAAGAAAAAAAAGCAGAAUAAAAAUUUAUUUAAAUAAGUGAAAAUUUUAUUAUAUCCCUUGAAUAAAUUACUUAAAAGUAAGAAUAAUAUUUUUAAGACCAAUAAAAAUAAAUUUAUGAAAUACUAUUUUAAAACCUUAAUUGUUAGGAGAUUAAACCAAGUGAUAAAUUAGUUCAUAACUAAAAUUUUUAAUAAAUAUAAACUCUAAAUUCAGUAGGAUUUUAACCAAGGCAGUCUAAUACCUUAAUUAACAAUAAAUUAUAUAUGCCAACUUAAAAUAGAUAAAUACAAAAAGAAUUUCAAAAUCUAAUUUUAGAUAAAAAAAAAUAAACUUAGAAGGAUGAAAAUAUAGUUAGAAGCAUUAGAUAAAAAAUUUAGACACUUAAUAAUUAAAUAAAUGAUACAAUUUCUGGAAUCAAGAAUUAAUUCUCAGUUGAUAAUUAUAUAGUUAUACCUUAAAAUAUCAAAACUCUUAAUGAUCUAAUAUAAUAAUUUAUAGGUGAAUUGAAAAAUGAAUUAGAUACAUCUUGCUAUGAUUUUAUAGAAAUGAUAGAUGGAUUCAAAAUUUAGUUUAUGAAAUUGAAAGUAUAAUACAGAGGAUAAUAAGAAAAUUUAUUUGAUACUUUUAAUGAAUUGUCAGAAGCUCUAGCAUAAACCAUUUAAAAUUUAAAAGAAUUUCAAUCUCAAUCUGAAAAAAUAGUAUUUAAAUUACCUAAAAUAUGA